AUAUAUUAUUAAUUAUUUGUAUAUACUGAAACAUGUGUUGUGUGUAUAAAUUUUAUCUUCACAUAAAAUUAUAAUUCCCUUGUGUAAGAAAAUGCGUUACUGAAGAAAAUUAUUAUACUUAACUUAAAAAAAAUCACCUUCGUUUUCGUUAAAAAAAAACUCUUCACUUAUUAUCGUUACUAUGUUUACUAUUCAUACAUAGAGUGAUUACGAGUUUUAUAUAUAUAAAGUAUAACUUUGCAAAGUCAUUAAUCGUUGUUCGUUGUCUUCCUUCAUUCUUCGCCUCUCAUGAGAAUUUAUGUGACUUUCAAUUUGUUAACUCUUAAGACAUAGGCAUACAAGCACAAUAAACUACAUAAAUAUGGAUAAACGUUUCAAAAUCACGAAAAUAUUAAUUAUUAAUUUUAUAUUUCUAUUGCUUUUCGCUUUAUACAUUGAUAAAUGUUGGGCUUAUGGUUUCGAUUCGGCCACCUCUUGCAGCCCAAACAUGAAACAAUCACGUAAAGGUCGUGCCCAAAUACUGACCACAAUACCCUGUGAUCUAACCAAACAGGCCUAUUGCGCCCUACCUGGUGCUGCAUAUCCCUGGCAUGCGGUACGACGUUUUGUUCAUGAAAAUCAGGGUUUAAUGAAACGUAUGUACGGCGAUGUACGUCAUAUAGCGAUAUUGAAAAAUGAAAUUCUUAACAAUGAGAUCGAUAUCGAUGACAUUGAAAUGGCUUCAGAGCGUUAUUCGCGUGAUGCUUAUCGCGACAGUAGAUCAAUUAAGUUUACGCCUAAUCGUGAUGACUUUAAUAAUUUCAAAUCAAAUGACGUUUUACGCGAAGCCAUUGUAUUAAACUCACCGUCAACAACAGCCGCUACAACAAUAUCUACCAGUAUUGAGGCUAAUAAAUCGGAUCAUGAUUUAGAAAAUGUCACAACAACGUUUAGAACGUCUUCUAAAGCCCCAACUAUUGAUAAUGGUCCCGCUAAAGAAGUCAAAGACAAUAAAUAUGAAUCCACCACUGUUUCUAAAGAUUUGAAUGAAAAUCUAGAAAUUACAACGAAACUAUCUUUUGAUAACAACGACGAAGAAAUUACGACGAUAAUUGUAGAGCGUAAAGGGGACACCGCAGCGAAUAGUGUGUACGACGCAUUGAGAUAUACUUCUGUUAGUGGCGAGUUCAAGACCGGUGAUAACAUACACAUCGUGGAAUCACCACAAUUGGCUGAAAUAGAGCCAGGUAGUACCUCUACUAACUCUACUACUGAUAGCAGUAUUAAUUUAUCAACCACAGCAACAACUGUAAAAGCUACUACGACAGCCAAACCUACACCGACUAUCACUACCGCUAAAUCGGAGAUUAUUGGCGAAAGAAUUCCCUUGAAACAAUUAAGAAAACCCUUCAUACCGUCCUCGCAACGUUAUCGACCCUCACAGCAACUACUCAAAAUUAAUUCAACAAUCUCAGCCAAGUUGAAAUUAAAAAUAAGUCCAACCGAAUCUUCUGCAAAUAGAACAUAUAUCAUCAGAUCAAAUCAAACAGCGGCGUCAUCAACUGAUCGUUACAUGUCUACUGUGCCGGGAACAACAACAUCCGCCUCACCAACACAAACUUCGACCGUAAGAGCAUCACCAUUUAAAUAUAAUAAAAAUUACAAUCGUUUAAACACUUCUUAUUACCAUAAAUACGGUGGCUCGGCAAAUCCGGCUGCAACUAGUUUGCUACCAUCCCAUGCAGAAUUAUUGUUAGGCGAAAAAGUGCGUAAACCCGCCAUAUUGAAUGUUACACCUUCGAGUUUAGUAUCACCACAUAAACCACUGGUACAUGACGGGCAACUUUUUCAGGAUGCAAUGAAACAAGACCCUCCAGUGCAUAUGAGAGGAGUUAAUGCUUGUCCGGUUAAGGAAGAAGUGGUAGCACCGUUCUGGGCCAACAAUACACGGGGCGAGGUAUUGGCUUUACUUAAUCUUUAUCCUUUCGAACAAUACGUACAUUGGGAGAAAUGCACGCACGAACACAAGCAAAUGUAUUGUCGCGAAGGCUGUCGUUGUGAGCAGCAAUAUCGUUUACAUCGUUUGCUUGCUUAUGAUCCAAACAAUGAAUGCCGCGGAAUAUUUUCCGAUUGGUUUCGUUUCCCUUCUUGUUGCAUAUGCAAAUGUUAUAACAUACCAUUCGAUUUUCGGACAACAUCGCGAAGUCCACGAUCGGAGGGUGGCUAUAACAGCGAUACUCGACAUCCCAUUGAAAUUGCCGAAGAAAAGGUGAAGAACGCCAUCUAUGAACACGCGACUGAAGAAUGGUAUAAACCGAAGGAUGACUUCAAUUUCUAUGAGGGCUAAAGAACAUAUUUACUCAGUUACUAUUAACCUAAAAAAAAUAUUUGUGUAUAUAUGUUUAUCUACAAUCAUCAUAUUCAUUAACAAUAUUCUAGACAUCAUUACAAAUAUUAGUUCGAAACUGCAAAUAUUUAGUCAUCGAAAAAGAUGUAGUACCCUACCAUUAGGUCUUUUAGUCCACAUUCAAGGCAUUUAAGACAUUCGUGCCUGUGUUGUUACUCCGCCGUUUGACUGUUGACCGAUCUGCAUGAUAUAUAUAAGUUCGACCGAUUUCACGAUACGGCAGGGUGAUGUUCCAAGUUUGUGUAUAUGAAACAAGAUUGGUAUUACGAUCGUAUAUGGUUGCCAGACACCAAAACUAUAAAAAAACACAACCUCGGA